AUGGAUUGGAUUCACUGUAAUAAUUGUUUCAAUCAAUUGGAACCUGGUGUUACUCUUCAUUUGACGUCAUGUGGUCACAUGUUUUGCAACAACUGCCUUAACAAUGGUUUAAAAGAAGGUACAUGUCUCGUAUGCCGAGUGCCGUGCUCUAUUAUGAAAUUAGUUCCGGACAUGAAUCAAGAAAUCCAAGAUUAUUUUACAGAUCCCGAAGAAUUGAUUAAAAAGUGUUCUGAAGUUCUACAAUUUCAAAGGCAGCACAGACGUCGAUUAUUGUCAUAUUUAUUGCAAUCGACGAAAAAAUUCUACAAAGCUAGAAGCGAAUUAAAACGUAUGACAGAGCUUUGUCAAACGCAGCACAAACAGCUUAAGGAGUAUCAGAAGAUUGUUAAGAAAUUAGAAAACCAGCUCGCCGGUCAACCGAAGCAAAUGUCUCCAUUCAGCGUGCCCAUAUCGCCCGGCAGUAAUUUGUCCCCAACCUUCAUUCAGACUACGCCUACGUAUAAGAGAAACGCUAAAAGCACUCCAUAUAAUCAACCAUAUCAGUCCAACCUCCUGACCCCGACGCGGAUAAGCAAGCAACGGACGGCAAGCUUCAGCGCGAGUCAGAGGUCAAAUACGUCAAACAAGAUAUCGUCAACGGUAUUCACGCCUCCAACGCCAGAGUCGGUUGGGUCUAUUUUUAGUCAAAGGAGCAUCGAGUCUGGUUAUCUAUCUUGUAGUCCGUGGAAUAAAUCUCAAGUUGUGUUGGACUGUGAUGGCUUUAUAGAACAAUGUUCUUUAAUAAAUGCUUGA